AUGGCUCUGAGUGCUUUGAUGAAGUCAGCCGUAGUGCUGGGAGUAAUAUACGGAGCUGUGGCUGACGGAGGCUACGGCUCUCACGGAGGAGGCUUUGGAGGCGGUGCUUCCGGAGGCGUAGGAGGAGGCUUCGGAGGAGGAAGCCACGGUGGCGUUGGAGGAAGCCACGGUGGCGUUGGAGGAGGCCUCGGCGGAGGCAGCUUCAUCGGAGGAGGCGGAGGCCACGGCGGCUACGGUGGAGGCGUUGGCGGCGGCAGCGUCGUCCGAGCACGUCUGGUCGGAGUCGGCGUCCUCCCCUCGGUCGGAGGCGGCUACGGGGGCGGUGCCGUCGGAGGCCACGGCGGAGGCGCUGGAGGCUUCAUCGGAGGCGGCAGCAGUGUAGGAGGCUCCGUCGGAGGCGGAUUCGGAAGCCACGGGUCUUCCGGACACAAAGUAUUAACUGGAGCAUUAACUGUGGUACAAAAGGCACAAAGACCCAGAACGCGUAAAGGCAGCUGUUCGGUGUGUGGAGCUGUGGCUGAUGGAAGCUAUGCUUCCCGCGGUGGAAGCUUUGGAGGUGGAGCUGUUGGAGGCGGCAUCUCCGGAGGAGCAGGAGCUUUCGUAGGAGGAGGUAACUUUAUUGGAGGAGGAGGAGGCCAUGGCGGCUUCGGCGGCGGCAGAGUUGAAGCAGGUCACCUCGUUGGACACGGUGUGCUCCCUGCAGGCGGCGCUGGCUACUCCGGAAGUGCUGUUGGCGGUCACGGUGGAAGUGCUGGAGGUUUCAUCGGAGGUGGAAGCUCUUUCGGAGGCUCCGGUGUGGGAGGUUCCUUCGGAGGUGUCAGCUCAGUAGGAAGCUCAGUAGGAGGCUCUGGUGUGGGAGGUUCCUUCAGUUGUGUAUCUUCUGGACGCGCUAGUGGAGGAUACGGCCAAUAA